AGCUCUUGUCCUGAUAUCACUCCGCUGGCAUGGAGGAGGAGGAGAGCACUUGAUCAUUGUGAUGGUGGCAGCAGCCGCGAGCGAAGCAGCAGUAGCAGCACUAGCUCGGCGUUCGCGGGACUUCGCUUUAGUUACUCGUCCAAAGGGCACGAUUUGCAGCAGCCGCUUCCCACCGGGGGGAUUUUACCUCGACGCUAAUGAGAUGCAAGUUUACAAAACUACUUGGGAACCUUGGCGCUGUAAACAGCAAAACUUUUUCUUAAAGGAAAACACAAUAAAGCGGCGACGGCGGCGAGCGAGCGAACGACGCUGGCUCUGCUGUGCGUGAGUGAGUGAUGAGCGCUCGCGACAUCCGGAUCUCUUGUGGAGUUAAAGUGAAGCCCGCGCCGGGAGUGCGCACGGAGCGCCGCUACACUCGUGUUACUCUUCUGGCUUGGCAUCGCAUGGCUCCGUGCAGGCAGACAAGCACCUAACCGCUUGUUCUUGGUGGUUUUGAUUUUAUUGUCUCUUUCCCCCCUUCCACCCCCGCCCCCUUGACCCUCAUUUCCCACCCCACUGGUUAAACAUUUUUUAAUACAAGAGGCUAAAGAAAGUUCUUCCAAAAUAGUGUGCACAGACUGUAGGAUGGGGGAUUUUGCAACCCCCGCUGCUGCAAACGGCAGUAACAUUUGCAUCAACAAUAAUAACAUAAGCAGCGGUAUCAACUCGAGUAACAAUAACAGUAACAAUGUGAACAUUCCUAAGCACAGCACCGUAGUGGAAAGGCUAAGGCAACGGAUUGAAGGCUGUCGGAGACACCAUGUCAACUGUGAGAACAGGUACAAGCAAGCCCAGGCGGAGCAGCUGGAGAUCGAGCGCAGGGAGACCGUCAGCCUCUAUCAGAAGAGCCUUGAGCAGAGAGCCAAGAAGACGGCCAACAACAAACAGCCCAGCAAACAGCUGGACCCCGAGUCGGCAGCCACGGCCGAGCAGAGAACCAGCACCCUCAUAGCGUUGCAAGAAACUGUGAAAAGAAAACUGGAUAGUGCCCGGUCACCUCUAAAUGGGGAGCAGAAUGGCAUUUGCGAUGGGAAUUUUUCACCAAAUACCAAAAGGCAGCGGAAAGAUGGACCUGGAGGGGGUGGGGGGCUGGAUCCCUUGGGUGCUUUGCCCAGCAAUUUACCACCAGUACCCUCUGUCUCACCCCUCCACCAAAUGGACAUUAAGCCCUCACUGUCACUGCAAAACAACAACAGCAGCAGCACUGGUAACAACCACGUCCCCGGCCGGCCGGAAGACCUGGGUAAAAAUGGAGGGUUGCCAGAUAUUAAACUGCAGGUGAACGGCACUUUGGAACUGGACGAUAGCUUCAGCUUGCUGCAAAGCAAGGACCUGAAGCAAGAGCCCUUGGAUGACACAGCAGGGAUUGAGUCUUCAGAUACCUCCCUGUCAAAUCAAAACAAGUUAUUUUCAGACAUCAACCUCAAUGACCAGGAGUGGCAGGAGCUCAUUGAUGAGUUAGCAAACACUGUGCCAGAAGAUGACAUGCAUGAUCUUUUUAAUGAAGACUUUGAAGAGAAAAAGGAGAUGGAAUUUACAAGACCAGCUGUUCAGACUCCAUUACCUCAGGAACCUACUCCUCCAUCCCAGAAUAUAAAGAGUGACCCCUCUCGCUCCCCCUUCAGUCAAAUGCCUAUGGGUUCCCCUCAAGUCCGGCCUGCCUCAUCGGGCCCUCAGUUUGCCAGUGUCACAGCAGCUUCUAGCAGCACUCCACCACAGCAACCACAUCAACAGACAUCCUCAUCUGUAAUGGCAGCAGGAUCUCCAGCAAACUGUGUGGCUCGAUCUCCUCAGACACCCAACCAGGCCCAGAGUCAACCAUCCAGGCAAGGAAAUGGAUUUCUGAUGAAUCAAUGUCCUGGUGGCACAACUGGCUCAUCUGCCUCAGUGCAAGGGACAAAUGUGCCAGUUCCAUCUUCCUCCCCAGCUGAACAACUGAAGCAGAUGGCAGCACAGCAGCAGCAAAGGGCAAAACUCAUCCACCAGCAACAGCAAAGUACAGCACCUAACUGGUCCCCUGCUGGACCACCUACUAGCCCCUAUGGUGGGGGUUUCAACCCAGACAAACCAAAUAGCCCAAUGAUGUAUCCACAAGCCUUUAACAACCAAAACCCCAUGGUGCCUCCUAUGGCGAGCAACCCUCAGAAGGCCAAUAUGAAUAACUACCUCCCUCAGAACCAUAUGAAUAUGAUCAAUCAGCAGUCCAGCAACAUGGGUCAAAACACUAUCAAUAAACAGCCAGCUGGCAUAUUGUCAUACAGUAACACUAAGCCCCUUACCCACUUCAGUGCUGUUGAUCACAUGGGCCAAAGGAUGAGUUCCCCUGUGGCCACUCAAAAUAAGAAUCCCAUGAUGCCAUACUUGCCACAGCAAACAUCCCAGCAGCAGCAGCAGCAGGUUCCUCCUCAGGCCCAGACACAGAUGACAGCUCAAGCGUCACACCUGAGUGAAGAGCAGAAGCACAUGCUUCUUCUAAAGCAAAAAGCACUACUGAAUCAGGGCCUCUCUUAUGGUCCGAUGCAGCCUCAUGGCCAGGAACAGCUUCCUCGGCAGGCAGCCUCAGUCCAGCCUUCUUUACCGGGUCCUGCCAAUGUAGCCCCAGUACCAAGCACGAACCCAGGAGCACCAGGUUACCAGCAGCAGGCUGCUCUCAUGAAGCAGAUGAUAAUGGAGCAAGAAAAGCAGCGAGUCCAGUUACACUUGAUGGAGCAGCAAAAGCAGCUUCUAAGAGAGCAGCGACAGCAGCAACAGAUGCUGGCAGAGCAGCAGUUACAGCAGCAUCUACCCAGACAGCAUCCGCAGCAACAGAGGAACCCCUAUUCUGUUCAGCAAGUCACCCAGUUUCAAGGCACGCCACAGGAGAUGGCACGAACCCAGGCCCUGCAGAGCAUCCGCAAUGCCCGUUUACUUCAGCAGCAACAGCAGCAGCAGCAACAGCAGCAGAGCCAGGGCAUGCUUCAGAUGGCAAGUGUCCAGAACUCAAGUGGAAUGUCAGCGGCCACAGGUCAGCCCGACAUGAGCAUGGCCUACAGCGGCACCCCAAGCGGCCAACAAGGGAUAUACAGUAUGAACCCUGCAAUGAACCAAAUGUUGCAGCACCCAAACCAAAGUGGCAUAACAAUGGCCCACAAUCCUUCUCAAGGACAGAGGCAGCCCAGUGCAGGACAAGCCGUUGGUAUGGUGGGUGGCUAUGGGCAGGGCAUGAUGAUGAACUCUGCUUUGUCCCAGCAACAGCCACAACAAAUGAAGGGACCGCCUGUGGGGCAAGCUAUGCCUAAGACCCCAGUUCAAAGACUACAGAGUAUGAUGGGAAGUGCCGGCCAGGGAGCACAAGGCUGGCAACAGCAACAGAACCUACAAGGCAUGGCUGGGCGGACUAGUGGUGAAAUACUGACCUUUAACAACAGCCCUGCUUACAGCGUGCAGACAGGACAGCCACGACUGGCUAAGCAACAUUUUCCACAAGGACUGAACCAGCCUAUUGUGGAUCCUACUGGAAAUCUUAGAGCCAUGAACCCUGCAUUGAGUGGGCAGAUAAUGACGCACAUGUCUGGUCAACCAAGGACCCAGCAGCCAAGACCAAUGGUCAUGGCUGGAAUGAACCCGGGUGUCCCGAAUAUGACGCCUUUCAGCCAGGGCCCCAGCCAGCAAAUGGGUGCAAGUGGGUCGUCCUAUGUACAGAGUGGUCAGCCUCACGGUUACCAGCGGACAGCAAGUCAAGAUUUGCCUUUCAGUUACAGCGGUCAGUCAGCAGGGGCAGGAUCUUUCCCCCGAUUAGCCGAUGGGGCUGACCUUGUGGACUCGUUAAUGAAAGGUGGCUCGGCAGACGAGUGGAUCGAUGAACUUUUUGGAAGCCAGUAGCCACUUUACACGCUUUAGGUGGAUGUUGUAUGUUUAUGAAGAUUUCAAGAGGGUCGGGGUUCCAUUUUGUUUUUCUUUUCGGGGAGGGGCCCAAGCAAUGUUUAUCUGACAUACUCACCUGUGGAUGGUCCAGAAUGCAUUUUUAUACUUGCAAAUUGUUUUCUCUCGCUAUAAGAUGUUUCAUAAUUUUGGCAGUAAACCUGCGUCUGCAUAGUCUUUUAGAAGUGAGUCCAUUUUCAGUGUGUAUUCCUCCCUUUUAUUUCUCCAGUAUCCCAUUCAAUUUUGGUCAUACAGUGGAACCUCUAGAUACGAGUUUAAUUCGUUCCAGCACUGAGCUUGUAUAGCGAAUUUCUCGUAUCUAGAACAAACUUCCCCAUUGAAAAUAAUGGAAAUCCAGUUAAUCCGUUUCGCACCCCAAAUAUAUUAACAUAAAAAUCAAUUUUCCUAACAAAUAACACUGAUAAAUUAUAUAUACUGUAGUCUACCUUUAAUAAAUAACACUGGUAAAUAAUAUAACUGAUUAUUAAAAGAAUCAAAACAGGUGUCCAAAGUGCAGUAGAGCAUUCAAUAAAUCUUUAAAUAAAUAAUCCUUAAAAUAGUUGUGAAGUGGAGGUUUAAAAUACACAAGAAUAACAAUCCUUUAACACGAGGUUAAAACGUCAAAAGGAUGCCGUCUUUAAAAAACAGAUGACAAUCCCCGGUGCUUCUUCUCUGUUAGCGUCUCACCUGCGGGCUCUGCAACAGGCGAGACACUCUUAAUGCAGCUGACCUUCUCUACACCGUCCUGCUUCAGCUGUUUGGCUCGCCUGUUCAGCUACACGCGAGCCUGCCUGCCCUCUCUCUCUCUCUCUCUCUCUCUCUCUCUCUCUCUCUCUCUCUCUCUCUCUCUCUCUCUCUCUCUCUCUCUCUCUCUCUCUCUCUCUCUCUCUCUCUCUCUCUCUCUCUCUCUCUCUCUCUCUCUCUCUCUCUCUCUCUCUCUCUCUCUCUCUCUCUCUCUCUCUCUCUCUCUCUCUCUCUCUCUCUCUCUCUCUCUCUUCUUUUACUUUUUCUCCCUCUUAACCGGCUCGCGCUUCUCUAUAUAUGCGGGGAGGACAUGGCAGCUGCAGCCCAUCUGCCACAGGAACAAUCAUGGAUGUGGCCAGUUUCCCACCUGUGCACUUAAGUGAGAAACGCAGACACCGCAGAUCGCGGCUCGCAACUGCUACCACGCCCCCUCGCUAAGCUGAGAGCUAUACCCACAGCCUGGCUCGUUACGCGAGCCAAUGCUCGCAUUUAGAUCAGAAAUUUUCGCUCAUACUUUCCUCGUAUUUUGAAUUUCUCGUAUACAGAGGUGAUCGUAUCUCGAGGUUCCACUGUAUAUAUAUAGAUAUAUAUAUAUAAUAUAUAUAUAUGAUUAUAACAUAACUAGAAAAAAGCAUCGAGUACUCGUAUUUGAUUGCUUUUCUGUCUUGAUAAAAUUUUAAAUGAGAACUGAGGUUUUUUAUUUUUUUAUAAAGAAUUUCACUGUUUUACCUGAGGCACAUUGAAGAAUUGCAAGUGUUCAAUGAAAAAACAUAAAUAGCUUUUCAAAAGGUUGGCUUUAAAUGUGUUCUUAACUGUGCAAUCGGUUUCUUUGGAUUGUAUGUCCCAUUUAGAAACUGUUUAGGGUUUCUCUGAUCAUUUGAGCACGUCCAAAUCUGGGCAGUGGGUUGCAGUGGAAACUUCCUGAAGGCCCAGGAGCAAAGCCUGAGUGUGCCAAGGAGUGGCAGUCACUUGAACUGUCUGGCGUUGUCUCGUCAUUGUCAUUUCAAUGAUCCCUUACAGUUGUGUGAUGUCCCGUGAGCAGCAGCUGAAUGUAACCCAAGUGUAAACGUGUUGAUGUCAUACGUCUCCGUCUUUAACGUUUAUUAAUUAAACGCUUUAGAAGAUUUUAUGGUUUGGUGAGGUUUACUUUACUAGAUCAACAGUAACGUGAGAGGUGCAUUUGUCAUUUUUGUCCUCCUAUUUUUGUCCUAUAUUUUGUAAGAACUGAGUUUUAAACAUUGGUAGGGAUCUUUUAACGUAGGAUGAAAGAAAUUGGCAAGGAGAAGGAGCAGGCGGCACAGGGUGGUCUGUCAGUUUGCCUCCUUUACUGCAAUAUUCAGAAACAUUCAGAGAACUAAAGAGAAGUGACUGCCAUAUUAUUUAACUUGGGCCAUGUGUACCGUCAGCUGCUCAGAUAUGUAAAAAGUGAGAAAGAGGUUGGUUUAUUUUUGGGGGUUUUUACUUCAUGGUUUGUAUUUACUAACAACAAAAUUUGAGAACUGAGGCAAGGGACAACUGUUUAAAUUUUUUUCUGUAAGUUUGUUCCUGGGCUUCAGCAGGGGACUAGACUGCAAUCCACCGCCCCCCCCAAAUAAAUAAUAAAACCUUUUUGUCUGCAGCAAUCCUUUCAACCAAACGUGAAGACUGCGUGCUGGCCGCGUUUCUCUCUUUCUUUUUCUCUCUCUCUCUCUCUCUCUCUCGCUCUGUCUGUUGUUUUGCAGGCCUUGGUUUGUGAUCUUUGCAUUAAAGCUUACGCUCUUCAGCUCUGCAGCUUCCAGAUGAUUUUGGCGGGCAGCCACCCCUGCUUCAGGUGUGCAAGCCAACCCCACCUCCCAGCUGAGCACAGGCGGCCAGGCCUCAGUCCACACGCAGCCUGCAGGUGGUCUACCCCAGCAAUGAGGCCGUGCGAUCUUUGGAGGUAUCUAGGACCAAGACAAAGGAAACGAGCGACUUGUGCUUUUUUAUUAUUUUGUGUCUUUCUUUUUUUUUUUUGUUCAUUUGUCUGUCAGUCUGUUUUUGUACUUUGGUGCUGACAUAGGCCUGUAUGUGAUAAAUUUAAAGGCAGAAAAAAAUCUAAAUUUGAAAAAUAAUGGGUAUUUGUAAAUAUGUUUUUACAAGUUGAAAUACAUCAGAUAAUACUGGCUCUACUAUCUGUAAAAAUGCUGUUUGUUUAAAAUAGAGAAGUAUUUUUAUUUCAUUUUCCACUUUUAAACUCAUCAGAGCUAUGCCAUUGCACUUCAGACAAUGUCUUACUACUAAUUUGUACUGUAAACCUAUUUUUCUUUUAUUUUGGAGUUGUUUUUCUAGUUUGAGAUUUUACUCUGUACUUUAAGCAGUGCUUAUUUCUUUUUAUCUUGUACAGAAUUCUGAAAUGUUAACAGGAGAGGAUUACAGAAACAUCUUUUUUUUUUUUUCAAGAAAAAAAAUAAAAUGUUAUCUCAAUCAUAUGAUUAAAUUA